AUGCAGAUGGUAUGGGCCACGUCACUAAUGCAGCAGCCUUUGCUCAAGAAGGGUCUCGAAUGGGUACGAAUGCGCCACGUCAGGGCUUGGAGCCUCGCCGAAUACAUUAAGCCCCCUCCCCCGAUCCCAGUUGCAAGGUUGCAGGCUCUUCUCAAUUUUGACUCUACUGCCAUCGAGCCGUCAGACGUUUUGGUCAAGUCAAUCUCUCUAGCGACCGAGUCAAUGGGGACCAAAAUACUCAGGUUGAAUGCCACCGUCUCUGAUGGCCGCAUUAUUGUUUCUUUCUCAUACCCGCCCUCGGCUGAACGCUAUAAAAAAUAUCUGGAGAAACCUGAGAGCUCCUACGACGAUAACCACAAAUGGAGAUCCACUAUAUCCGGGGGGCAGGUUUCCAUGGACCUGCCCGCAGGCAUAACCUUUGAGUUUCCCAGCGGAUCUAAGGAUGCCGUUCUGGCCUUUGCAGACGAGGCGAAAGCGACAAUAUGGGAAGAAAAGAUGAUAUUGUGGGAAAAGAGUGCGAACCAGGAAGGGACAAAGCGAAGCAUUUCACGAUCGUUGACAGUUGAACGCCUUAAUGAAAAACUGGGCUUGCUAAGAAACUCAUCGGAGUUUUCCCACGUUUCUUUUGCCUGCUCCAAUUAUGGAUAUCAGCUCGGGCAAAUUCAUGGACAUAUGACUCUCCCCGCCGCCCCUUGGACGAAGUUCAAGGGGGGCAAAGAUUAG